UCACUGACGCUCACUCCCUCUGUAUACUCAUUUGCAAUGCAAGGCUCACUCCUCAUCAGUGAGGCCCUCAGGCUGGGGAUGUACGUCUGUGCUGCAUAUCCGCCAGCCUGUCACUGCUGCCUGCUGUAAGGAGGGGAUUAGUACAUCUCAUGCAGCCCUCUGCCCUGUCUCUUCCUGCUCAGCUGAAGGAGGGUGCAGCCACAGUGUCUGGAUGGAGCCCCAGCCAGGGCCUGGUCCCUCAGAACAGACCCGAGAAGCCCAGAGCACAACCAGCUUGCACUCUAAUAACCCUACUGAGGUGACCGUAGAGGAACCUCAACAAUCGCUGGUGGCGGAAGAGGAAAUUGGAGUCUUGGCACCUAGUUCGGGGCUUCUUCAGGUCACAGAGCGAAGACAGCCUCUCAGUAGCGUCUCCUCCCUUGAAGUGCACUUUGAUCUUCUGGACUUGACAGAGCUCACAGAUAUGUCCGACCAGGAGCUGGCUGAGGUGUUCGCCGACUCAGAUGACGAAAACCCACACAACGAGCCUCCACCAGGUUUGCAAUUACCUCCCCUCCCUCGAGCUGGCUACCUGCGUUCUCCAUCCUGGACCAGGACACGAGCAGAAAGGGAGAAGAAACAUCUCAGUGACUCCGAGCUGCAAGGAGGCCUGCUGGACACUUUCCUCGCUGCAGAGAGAGCCAAAGAGAAUUAAAAGCCUUUACCCAUCCCCCUCUCAUAUUGGUCCCCGCUGUCCUCUUAUCACCCAUAUCAGGGAAUGGACCACAGAAAGUGCCAAGACCAUAGCUCUCCAAACUCCAUUCCCUACAGAGACUCAUCAGACUGAUAGAUAGGACCUGCCCAACACAACAUGCAGAAGAGGACGGGUCUGGAGACUUGCUUGUUGUACUUUAUGGCAGUACAAGAACAUUUCGGUAUCGGAGCUGUGAUAAAGACAACAGUUCAUGCCAUCAUAAAGAAUAAAACUACAAGAAGCAUUGGCACAAGAACGAAGACGACAUGAGACUUGGUAAAACCUCAAGUUGCCCUGUAGAUCUGAGACACUGUUAUACUACCAGCUGUGUUCAGUAUCAAGGAUACCCUAAACCUUAUAAUCUACACGGUGCUUGGGGAUGCACUAACACCCAAUGGAAUGACGCAGGAAAAACGGGAACCACGUGAAGUAGAACUGAGAUCCGGACUGACGUCAUGUUUGUCCAGAGAGACGCAAGGCAGAGGAGCACAUUGUAGGACUUGCAGUUUUGGGACAGACUUCAAUGAACAUUACUUCCUCCAUAAGCACAGAAUGUCCCCCGCAGCCUUAAAGACACCCCAUCUAUCUACCACACCUCAGAUAGCUUUGGUGGCCUCAUAACCCUGACUAUGGAAGCACUUUGAUGGGGGAGAUGCGGUGCACAAACCCAUAUUCAUCCAUUAGUUCUCACGUUCUCUUGCAGAAGCCGCACUACGUUGUGUAGUCCAAAGUCCAGGUGACCACUUUUUGUUUCGUUGCUAUGGUGACACUUUUGCACUUUAAAUCACAUGAUGUGGCUGCACCCCACAGCAUUGGGAUUAUUUCCUCUAGGCCCCUGUGAAGGGCUUUUGACACUUACAAGGUUUAUCAUUAUACUGUAGUUCCCGACGCCUCCUUCGCUUGCAUUGUAUUCGUUCUGAGACGCAUCUUCAUGUGUAGUCAUUUGCUGAGCCCAGCAAGUCCCUGAAUAAACCAGAACGCCUGCAGUUUGCUCUCGCAUCUGAGAACCGCUAGAAGCGCGGAGGGUCAGGUAGCACGAAUGCUUUAUAAUCACCCCUACCCUUCGCCAUGUAGGCCCUGACAUUAACUAACCUCACCUGAAAGUUGAAUUACACUCAGAAUGGACUUUCUCCCCUGACCAAGCCCACCCACUGGAAGAAUUGUCCUGGACCCUUGGCCCGUAUUUGUGAUGGAACUGAAGCGUUUCCAUCUGCUGAGCCCCAUGUGGACCUGUCUAGAGCGCGCUGGUAGCUGCAGCUGGUUGCACAGGCAGCGCUGUGACCAGAUGAACACCACCCAUUACCAUACGAAGCUAACCUGGGUGCAUCAUCUCUCCAGCCCUCGUGGGGUUCAGAAGAUGGCGGCCAUUGUUCCUGCUAAAGCAGAGAUUGAUAUGUACGCAGAGUUCUCAGGUUGGGGCCCUUACCAGACAGCUUUGCAUUCUGGGCCUGAUUUAGAGAUGUAUGCUAAUGCAAUCACAGCUACUGUGCGAAAAUGCUUCUCCGCCUGGACGUGUAAUGAGACGCCUACAACGCAUCGCAAAUCCCAGCAACUGCGUACAAAGGGGGCCAUUCCGAGUUGAUCGCUAGCUGCAUUCGUUCGCUGUGCAUCGAUGAGGCAAAAAAACGGCACUUCUGCACAUGCGUAUGCGGCGCAAUGCGCACGCGCAACGUACUAUUACAACGAACGAUGUCGUUUCACACAGGGUCUAGUAAAGCUUUUCAGUCGCACUGCUGGCCGCAGAGUGAUUGACAUGAAGAGGGCGUUUCUGGGUGUCAAGUGACCGUUUUCAGGGAGUGAUCGUAAAAACGCAGGCGUGCCAGGAAAAACGCAGGCGUGGCUGGGCGAACGCAGGGCGUGUUCGUGACGUCAAAACAGGAACUGAACAGUCUGAAGUGAUCGCAAGCGCGGAGUAGGUUUUGAGUUACUCUGAAACUGCACAAAAAAAACUUUGUAGCCGCUCUGCGAUCCUUUGGUUCGCACUUCUGCUAAGCUAAAAUACACUCCCAGCGGGAGGCGGCAUAGCGUUUGCAUGGCUGCUAAAAACUGCUAGCGAGCAAACAACUCGGAAUGACGACCAAAGUCACAGCGGCAGUCGUAGGUCCUGCGUUUUUGCAGCCACUCGUUACCUCCCCCAAAUAGUUCCUGACUAUCAAUCACUUUGCAAAUAAAUCCUCUCUACGAGCGACUUCGAUGAGGUACCUUGGCGCGCACACAGUGCGCCCAAAACGCAUGCACAGUCAGCUGAUAAUCGCUCAACUCUGUAUAUAUCUGCAUGCGUACAACUCUUAGUCAGGCCCUCUAUGCAUAGUUCUUCAAAUAUGACCAAUCUCAUAAGGCUUUCUCUCAUCACCCAGCUCGCGUUGCAUACAACACAACACCGGGGGGCUCUCAUCUAGAAGUGAUCUGCUAGUAACCAACAUAAUUACUUUUAUUAAAGGACAGGGUGCAGUGACGUGCGGUGAGGUGAGGCAGAGCCUUCCCUGUCACACUAACGUUUGUGCCAAAGUUUUGAUUGUGUAAAGUAUAUGAAAAAUACUGUCAUAAGUAUCUUCUUUGCAUUAUUCUGAUCAGUUUUAUAGCCAAAACUCUGGACUAAAAAGUCUAUGGCAGGAGAGGCAGGAAAGGUUUCUUCGCCUCACAAUUUCCAGGAAUUUAUACUGCUGCACCUGUGUAUGAUGUCCAGAUGUACCAUUUGUCUCAUAUAUUGUGUGUAAAUGACUCUGGUGCAAGUCAGUGCCUCCUGAGCCAUUUACCUCACCACACGUCCCUGACAGGGUGAUACCUUUAUGUGACCUGCGCUGCAGUGAUUUUAACAGUCCCUAGUGCAGUGAUAGGCUGCACUUUUCUGUACAUUGGUUUAGCCCCGACAACCUGCUGCCACCACUGAGAGUAAUCAAUGGAAGGACAUUAAGGGGCACAGUGGAGAAGUUGCCUAUGGCAACCAGUCAGCUACUCCGUACAAUUGUAGAGUAUGUAAAUUAUAAAUGUGACUGCAAUGCUGAUUGGUUGUCAUGGGCAAUUUCUCCACAGGCUCACUUCUCCACCCUUUUCACUGCUUCAUGAAUAGAUCUCUAAAUUACCAGUACUGGAGACUGAACGUUAAAUUCUCCUGAGUGGCCUCUAUCUUGGCCUCGGGUGCACCAGAAGGAACAGUCACCAGUUCAGCAGGUUUCUUUCUUGAAAACAAUGACUCAGGACACUUUACGUCCCUUUUUAAGAAUUAUUCUAAGAACUCAGGGGAAGAUUAAGGGAUCAGUCCACUACUAGGCACAGCAUUAAUGGCCGAACCUCCAUUUUAUGGGUCACAUACCUCACUGCUACCCAAUCAGAUAGUUGCCUCUGUUAACUGGACAGGCUAGCCUGCUGAUUGGCCAGCCCCAAGGCCCGGGUGCACGCUGAUUGGUCCAUCCAUUUCCUAGUAGCUACAAAAUGCUCCAGCUGUUCCGUACUGUGCACACUUCCUGUCCCUUCACACGAAAUGGACUAUAAUACAGUACAGUGGAAAUAUUUUUUAGUUGCUGGAAAAUUUCGGACGGACAGUAAUAAAACGAGCACCAAGCUACUGUUCAGUGACGGUAUAGAGACCCCUAGUGUGAUUUUCACUCUAUGCCUGUAUUUCUUUAGGUCGGGUACAUUUUAAAAUGAACCUUUUAAGGGCUUUGAUUGGCCUCUAACACUCACUACGUUAUAAACAAUGUUUUGGCUGGGACUCAGCAAUGUCUUUGUCUAAUCAGUGAUUACCUGCCUCUAGAAACAUCAAUUAUUAACACUUACAUGAGUUAGGGGCAAGCAGAAGGCUAGAGGGAGAUAAAUACAGAAAUCGGAUUUUUCACUGAACACAGAUAAGACACCGGCUUGGGAUUCCAAAUGGAGACUUACCAACCUUAUGUCAUCCGCUCUGUCAAAUGUUUCCAUCUCAGCGACCAAUUCCUGCUCUGUUAUACUAAAGGUUUCUUCGCCUCACACUGUGAGCUGAUGCUUAUUACAGAUGCACAGUUACUGCACGUUGGGGGUCAUUCCGAGUUGAUCGCUAGCUGCCGUUGUUACCUGCACAUGAUCAGGCUAAAAAUCUGCAUUUCUGCAUAUGCACCGCAAUGCAAUGCGCACGCGCGACGUACAGGUACAAACCCCGUUGUGGUUGUGCACAGGUUCUAGCAAAGUUUUCAGUCGCACUGACGGCCGCAAGAAGAUUGACAGGAAGGGGGUGUUUCUGGGUGUCAACUGACCCUUUUCAGGGAGUGUUUGCAAAAACGCAGGCAUGUCUGAAAAAACGCAGGCGUGGCUGGGCAUUCGCUGCGCGGGUGUAUGACGUCAAAUCUGGACACGAAUAGGCUGAAGUGAUCGCAAGCGCUGAGUAGGUUCAGAGCUACUCUGAAACUGAACAAACUGUUUUUGCUGAGCUCGGCUGCACAUGCGUUUGCACUUCUGCUGAGCUAAAAUACACUCCCCAGUGGGCGGCGGCAUAGCGUUUGCACGGCUGCUAAAACUAGCCAGCGAGCGAUCAACUCGGAAUGACCCCCUUUGUACAUGGCAACAAGAUAGACACCUCCCGUCUUCAUCAGCGGGUUUCUAAAUAGAUUGUCACUUUCCCAUCCAAAUUUAGGUUCCUUAGAUGCAACUAUCCAGGUCGCUUCUGUUGUCAGAGAACUGUAUGGAGAGAGGAUAUCAGAUAUUGUAGAUACAGGACAGAAUCUCCUCGGUAAUGAUACAACGUGAGGACCUCUGCUGUCCGGCUGGUUCAGUUUUAAAUCUUAGAUUCGUCUUUCUACUCCUCCAAAGAUGAUGUGGAAUAUAGGGGGUAAUUCCAAGU